AUGGCUUGUGUUUCCGGAGCGAGCGGAAGACAUUGGGCGACAGCGGUCCCAUUUCUCUCGGCUGAUGAGCCUACCACUUCUCUUGGCUCGACAGACACGGAGGCAUAUUUGCGCAUCCCCUUUAAUUUUAUGGGGAAAGGAGUGUGCAACCAACGACCGCAGCUGCUCAAACUGCUUGACAAGUUGACACGUCGACACGCUGAAGCUGCAUCACAGAACGGAGAUCACAAGGAACUACCCGAUACUGAGCUUAAGUCCGCCGAAAUCUGCUGA